GGCCCCGCCCUCAGAGGAGCUUCCCUCUGCCCGCGGCCGACGGUGGCCGUGAGGGUCUGCUCUGCGCUCUCCCAUGGCGGAGCGGGAGGAUGUCGGCGGUGCUGGGGCUGCUGUCGCACACACUGAGCAGGGUGCUGUGGUACUCCGGGCUGCGUAGGGGCUGCCAUGCCCCCCGGAAGCAGGCCAUGGAGCAGGACAAGGCGCUCGAGGUUUACGAUAUAAUCCGCACCAUCCGGGACCCAGAGAAGCCAAACACUUUAGAAGAACUGGAAGUGGUAACAGAAAGCUGUGUGGAGGUGCAGGAGAUAGGUGAAGAUGAGUAUCUGGUCAUCAUCAGGUUUACACCAACAGUACCUCAUUGCUCUUUGGCUACUCUGAUUGGCCUAUGUUUAAGAAUCAAGCUUCAGAGGUGUUUGCCUUUCAGACAUAAGCUGGAAAUCUACAUAUCUGAAGGUACACAUUCCACUGAGGAGGACAUCAACAAGCAGAUCAAUGACAAGGAGAGAGUAGCAGCUGCCAUGGAGAACCCAAACCUGCGUGAAAUCGUGGAGCAAUGUGUCACAGAACCUGACUAGCAGCUCUGGUCCUCACAGAGUUACCAUUUUGAUACAUUUCUUAAAAAAAAAAAAAUCUUUGUUUAAAAAAAAAAAAAGAAAGAAAAAAAAAGGAGAAAAAUAAUAAUCAAGGCCUUGAGUUUAAUACUUGAGUUCUUUUUAUCUUCCACGUGUUUUUUAAAUGAAGCUGUUUAUAAGAGAUGAUUUAAAUGCUGAGGAAUUAGUCUCUGCAAUAAAGUGAUGUGUACAGUGCUAAAAAGGUUGUAAUUUCUGGUGUCCAGAGGAAAUACUUUGAUGAUUAAACCCCAUCCAUAUUGCCUUCUGAUGGACAUUGUGAUAGCCAUUGCUUUGCAAGGUCGAUUUCUAUAUGGUUUCAAUCACUGCACUGGAAAAAUAAAACCAAAUUCUUGUACUGAAA